CAAAAGCAGAGCUGUUAAAACUGACAGAAAAUGGCAUAUCGAAGAGAUGAAAUGUGGUCUGAAGGGCGAUAUGACUGUGAAAGAGUUUCAAGAGAACGUCUCCCUCCAAGGAUUCAUCCUGAUGAUGAUUAUCAUAGAGUAGUAAAUGUUGUGCCCAAGAAGCCACCAAUGUUUGAAAGACCUGGGGAUGGGAGUUACAGUCGGUAUGAUGAUUACAAUUAUGCUGAGUACAGAGACUAUGAAGAGGGUCGCAGUUUUGCCCACGACCGAAGAAGUGGCCCGCCACAUCGAGGCAUACGUAAGGAUGAAUCAGGAUGUAGGUGGCCACGGGACGAUCAUUCCCUAAGUCGGCAUCCAGAAUACAGGGAUGGCUUCAGAGACGGCUUCAGAAGAAAAAGCUUCUAUCCUUCUCAUUAUGUGAGAGAGCGAUCCCCACAUAGGAGGGACUCACCUUUCUUCAGGGAAUCACCAGGGGGCCGAAGGGAUUCUCCACACAGCAGAUCUGGCUCUAGUGUCAGUAGCAGAAGCUAUUCUCCUGAAAGAAGCAAAGCCUAUUCUUUCCACCAGUCCCAGCAUAGCAGAAGUAUGUCAUCUUUACAUAAAAGAAAUAUCUCUUCUCAGCAAGGUAAAGAAAGGCCGUUGGUUCCAUCACUGAAAACAUCAAGAGAUGCAUCACCUUCAGGCUCCACAGCACUACUGUCAUCAAAGGCCUUGGAUAAGUGCAACAGACUAUCGGAAAAGGAACUUGCAGAAGCUGCAAGCAAAUGGGCAGCUGAAAGGGCAGAGAAGGCUGAGGAAAGCAAUUUACCUGAACUAACAGAGUAUGAUGCUGGAUCUUCAGCUCCAUUGUACGUUGAACAAGUAGAGGAAACAGAAACAAAUAUAACAGACAGUACGGAGUUAUAUGAGGAUAGCCGGCUUCUUGGUCGCUCAAAAGCGAUUGCGACGAAGACAAAGGAAAUUGAGCAGGUCUACAGACAAGACUGUGAAACCUUUGGCAUGGUAGUGAAGAUGCUAAUUGAUAAAGAUCCAUCAUUGGAGAAGUCCAUUCAGUUUGCCCUCAGGCAGAAUUUGCAUGAAAUAGGUGAGCGAUGCAUUGAAGAACUCAAACAUUUCAUUGCACAGUAUGAUGCUGCCAAUCAAGAUCUUUCAGAGUCCUUCAAAGAGGGCUCAUACUAAAGACAAAAACACACUUUUCGAU